GUGUGUGUGUGUGUGUGUGUAGUUGUGGGUUGCUGUGUAUGUCUUCUAAUCCCCCUCCUGUGUGCUUCUCUUUCGUCUGUGUGUGUUUUCAUGUGUAUGGAGGGAGGUGACUCCCUCUUGGUCUUUGCUUCUUGUCUGUCUCUGCCUCCGUCUCCCUCUCUCUCCUUCCACCUCUUUCACUGAGGGUGUGUGGCUCUCACUCUGUCCGCCCCUCUCUCCGUUGGCUCGCUCUCUCCCCUCUCUUUGGGUUGCCUUAUCCCCAGCCUCUCCCCCACCCUCCUCGCUAUGCCCAAGAACCCUGGAGACAGAAUGAAGAGUCUGGCUGAGCCAGGCUCCUGGAGGUCAGCCUUGACCUUCGCAGCCUGUUCCCAUUUCCCAGGUCUAGGCUCCCAGGGCCCCCAGUCCACAGUGCCUCACUCGAGGGCCCUGAACCCUUGCCCCACCGCAGGAUUCUUGGAAACCCAGAGUUGCUGAGAAUUAAUAGCCCAUGAAGCUUUGAGCCUUACCCACCUGCCCAGGGAGGGAGGGGGGAGGAGAGGGAGAGCUGGGUCUUCCAGAGUUUCCCCCAAAGGUCCUUCUCUCCCGAAAGAAAAAGGACAUUAAGGUUGGGAUCCAGGUGCUUCUAAGGUGUAGUCGUUCCCAUGGCUUCCAGGUGCCGGCCCAGGGCAGGCGAGUCCCAUAAAGGGCAGUGGGAUCAAAGGGAGUCUCUCUGGGCCAGGUGUGGCCAAGCUCAAAGGCCUGGGUCCUGUCAGGGCCAGGAGAGCCAUGUCUCCCUCAGGCAGGGGAGCUGAAGGAGGUGCAGGCCCUUCUCCGGUCACCUGCCGGGCUGCUUCCAGGAUGUGGGGCCCAUGCCUACUGAGUAGGAGCAGCCGGCUCCUCCCAGUCUGGGCUGUGGGACUAGUGGGCCUAUUCCGACCAAGGCCCUCCCUCCUUUUGUGAGGAGGCAGCUGGUUUGCAUCUGGAAGGCUGGGUAACGUAGCACGUAGCAUGGGUCCUCUUCAUCUCCCCAGACUGGCCAGCAGGGACCCUCAGGCCCCCCGGAAACUUCCUUAGCCUGACAGCCAGGACUUGUGGCUAUGGGCCAGGGACAGUUUUCCCAAGGAGGCGCCUUUCCAGGCUGUCCAUUGGAUGCUUCUAGGACUCCAUGCACUUGCCUUUUUCCUCCUCCUCUCCCAGCACAGUAUUUGGGAGAUUUUUACUAUUUAUUCAGACUCCUGGUUAUUUAUUGCAGAUUGGCAAGUGCUUGAUUUGGGGAUGAAGGGUAGGACUCCAAUGGUGGAAACCAGCUGGAGUCAUGGUCUUCCUGACCUUCCAAGGUCAGUCAACAUCCUCUCUGCCUGCCUCUGGGACCUUCCUGGUUUUCCAGCAGGUCCUGCCUGGGAGGGCCGUGAGCUCUGUAAUAGAACUGGGUCUAAGGGAGACAAGAGAGUUGGUAUCCUUGCCAGCCUCCAAGACACCGGCAUGGGGUAGAAACGCUGCUUCCCAGCAGCCUGGCUCACCCUCUUCCCAGAACUUGUCAGCUGGUGGUUCAGUCACAACUUGAUCCCUUCACAGCCUGUCGCUUGGGCCACAGCCUGGGUCCCAGCAGACACUGCCCAGGACACCUGAUGCAUUGCCUCUUACCUGUCCCUCUACCUUCCCUCCUGGGACCAUACUAGAAUCACUGCGUCUCAUUUGCCUCAGUGGCAGACCUGGGUCCAGUGCCCUCUCCUUGACCUUGUGAUGAAGGUCAAAAGAGCACAGGGACCAUGUCCAGGUUAGACUGAGCUCGCCAAUGGGAGGACCUGCCCUUCUUCCUCCCCAGACUCUCAAGGGAGGUCCCCAGAGAGCUAGAGACCCCGAGGCUUCCUGCUUGGGAAGCUGCCCCCAGGACUUCGGACGCUAAGAGAAUGGGCUGUAUGAAUUCAGCAGGUCUCAUUCCAAGGGUCAGAAUGUUAGUCUGCUUUUGUUUUUUCAUCUGUUUCGUUCUUUGAAUCAGUGCUGUUGAUGACAAGUUGUCUUUAAUAAAUCAUGUGUUCUUUGCAGUGGGCAUUGGUUCUGUGAGGGGCUGAAACCUUCAAGACCUCUGAGCAGGAAAAAUGAGCAAAGAUGGAGUCAGGAAGCUCUUAGAAUGGUCAAAGGAAAAGGUUAGGAAAUUGUUGGAAGAGCCUAUUCAACUCUUUAACAACUGCAAUUUGCAGUUGUAGGGAGGAGAGAGUGUGCACUGGGGCAGAAGGUAUUAUUACAUUAUGAUUUCAUAGCAAGUUAUUUUUUAGAUUGAGAAAAUUUUGAAAUUCAACAAGUCGUUCACAGCCCACAAUCUGGAGAAAAUCACCGAUAACAUGUUGGUCUUCUCUUCGUUGAUGUAAUUACUAUUAUAUAAUUGUCAUUUUCUUGAUACGGAGUUUUGUGUAUUGUCUCUCCCUUCACGUUAGGUGGUGAGCAAGUUGCUGUAUGAUUUAAAAAUAUUUUUAUGGGCUUCCCUGGUGGCGCAGUGGUUGAGAGUCCGCCUGCCGAUGCAGGGGACGUGUGUUCGUGCCCCGGUCCGGGAGGAUCCCACGUGCCUCGGAGCGGCUGGGCCCGUGAGCCAUGGCCGCUGGGCCUGUGCGUCCGGAGCCUGUGCUCCGCAGCGGGAGAGGCCGCAACAGUGAGAGGCCCGCAUACCGAAAAAAAUAUAUAUAUAUAUUUUUUUAUGGUCUAGAUACUAUUCUAAUGUGCUAAAAAUGUCCGGAACCAGUGCCUAUUUCCGAAUAUUUUGCUUAUUCCCCGGCCUCUAUUAUAAGUAAUACGGUGGGCAAUCCUUGCAUUCCUGAUUUAUUUCCCCAGCUCAGUCCUCUAAGUGAUUUAGAAGGUAUGAACCUUUAUAAAGCUUUUUUUUUUGGUCCGCUGGGGGCUUGCGGGAUCUUAGUUGGCGGAGCGGGAGGAUCCCUCGGUGGAGACCAAGGCGACCUGGCGGGGCGGAGCCGGUUCUGGGGGCAGCCAAUCACAAACCGCGACGGCGAUGCCACGCCCUCUCAGCGCCCAGUCUUAACAAGGGCAAAGGAAGGGCCCCGGGAAGUCCAGUUGGGCCGGUGGUGACGCCUGGAAGGGCCCCGGGAGGUCCAGUUGGGCCGGUCCUGACGCCUGCUGUUGGCUUCCUGAGUAUAAUAUUAAUACUUUGGAGCGCUCGGGAGUGGAAGGGACCCGCGUUUCGCUGUCUUACUCCUCCACUUGGCGCUAUCCUCGCGGUGGGCCCCGCAGGCCUGUGCGGCCCCUUUCAGAGACUCCCGGGUCGGACGCGUGAGGUCGAGGCUUUCUUUCGUCUCCGCGGACCGCUUUCCAUCCGCGCUCCGGCCACAAUCCAUGGCCAAGCAGUUGCUUCGGGGCGGCUUGACCCUGGCGCUGGGCGCAGGGCUGGGUGCAGCCGCCGAGGGCUGGCGGCGGCGGGCGGACGCACGGGCGGCGCCGGGGCUGCUGAGCCGGCUGCCCGUGCUGCCUGUGGCGGCGGCGGCCGGGCUUCCCGCCGUGCCCGGGGCUCCGACGGGCGGCAGCCCCGGCGAGCUGGCGAAGUACGGGCUGCCCGGGGUGGCGCAGCUCAAGAGCCGUGAGUCGUACAUGCUGUGUUACGACCCGCGCACCCGCUGCGCGCUCUGGGUGGUCGAGCAGCUGCGGCCUGAGAAUCUCCGCGGCGACGGCGACCGCCGCUCCUGCGACUUCCACGAGGACGACUCGGUGCAUGCGUAUCACCGCGCCACCAACGCCGACUACGGGGGCAGCGGCUUCGACCGCGGCCAUCUCGCCGCCGCCGGCAACCACCGCUGGAGCCAGAAGGCCAUGAACGACACCUUCUACCUGAGCAACAUCGCGCCCCAGGUGCCCCACCUCAACCAGAAUGCCUGGAACAACCUGGAACGGUACAGCCGCAACCUGACCCGCACCUACCAAAAUGUCUAUGUCUGCACGGGGCCUCUCUUCCUGCCCAGGACGGAGGCUGAUGGGAAGUCCUAUGUGAAGUACCAGGUAAUUGGCAAGAACCACGUGGCGGUGCCCACCCACUUCUUCAAAGUGCUGAUCCUGGAGGCAGCAGACGGGCAGAUCGAACUCCGCUCCUAUGUGAUGCCCAACGCGCCUGUGGAUGAGGCGGUCCCGCUGGAGCGCUUCCUGGUGCCCAUCGAGAGCAUUGAGCGGGCCUCAGGGCUGCUUUUUGUGCCAAAUAUCCUGGCACGGACAGGCAGCCUUAAGGCCAUCACUGCAGGCAGCAAGUAAGGGCAGCCCCAGCCAGACUGUGGGGUCGGGGGGACUGGGUCGAAUUAAAGGUGUUCAUUUUUGGAGACAA